UGCAAAGUCUCGAGGGCGAGAGUCUGGGGAAAGCGAGACUACCGGCGCGCGGGAUGAGACAAAACUCAAGGGGGUCGGAGGAACGGGUGGUGCGAGGGAAAUGUAGUUUCUUAAAGCUGUGUGAAAAGUUUCUUAAAAGAGGUGUCCACAUCAUAUCGUAAUGUCUGUGAGAGAUCUCUGGAACUGGAUUGUGUACCUGACUUUAGGGCUGUUCCUACUGGGCUUCCACUGUAGGAGCUUAACAGCAGACUACACUUUCCAUGCAGUCGAGGUAGAUUCAUGUCCGAGAAAUCGGAGUGAGUGGAUGGCAGCAUCAGAGGGGCUCAACUGUACAGAGAACAGCAGCACCAACAAUUUUCACUGUGUUCCAAACUACAACCUGACUCAUCUUCUUCAGUUCUGUUAUGAUAGUGACAGUGCACUUUUUGAAGCGGGAUACUGUGUUGUACUAAGUCGAUCCUCCAGUUUGGAUGCAUUACCCUGUAGUCAAUUCAUUGAAGGAAAGUGUCCUGCAAAUUUCUAUAUUUCCAAUAUGAUGUACGAAGUUCCAGCCUGUUUGGAAAUUGAUUCUGAAUGUUAUAAUGCUGACCCUACCUGUACAAGAGCUACACCACAGCAAGCAGAUACUACCACAUUCACAGAGAACAGCAGUGAACAUUGGACAGCGAGCACCAUGACCCUUCUCACCACAGCAGAAUUUACUAAAGCAACUAUGGCAGUGCCAAUUGUACUGGGUGUUAUCAUUCCAACUUUAUCCAUGAUUGUCGUAAUAAUGGUUUGCAGGAAAAUGGAAAAACAGGGCUCGAAUCCUGUAGAAAGAAAGCCAGGUCAGGGAGAUUUACCAUCAAAUUCUGGAGAAGAAAGAAAUUCAUUAAUUUCUAAUUCAGGCUCGAAUCCUGUAGAAAGAGAGGCAGGUCGGGGAGAUUUACCAUCAAAUUCUGGAGAAGAAAGAAAUCCAUUAAUUUCUAAUUCAGGCUCGAAUCCUGUAGAAAGAGAGGCAGGUUGGGGAGAUUUACCAUCAAAUUCUGGAGAAGAAAGAAAUCCAUUAAUUUCUAAUUCAGGGGCUGUAAGCAGUCCAACAAGGCAUGAUGAGAUAGAUGCAUUAAACCACUCUGGAGUAGGUAACCCUGAGUCAGAAGUACAUAAUGUUCAGUCAAUAACAGACAAGGUUCUACAGAAGCACAUAAAGGACAAAACAUAUGUGAGGACAACUGCUGUGAAUGCAGCACUGACGUGUUUGGAGGAGAGAUAUGUUGUCAUUUUGACUGGAAAAGAAGGAGAAGGAAAAACAAAAGCCGCAUAUCAAUUAUUGCAUGAAAUGUCUCAAAAGAGUUUUGUGCCCCUGAAUGUCAAAAGUAUGGACCAGUGGAGCAGGAUAGUCAAUGCAAAUUAUCAGUAUGCUGUUUUGUUGGACGACAUUGUAAGUGCAGCAAGUGAAUCAAAAAGUUUUGUAGAUGAGAUUCUGAGUUGCGCUGGGGAUGGAAAGGUGAAUGUGAUUAUCGUUUGUAGAGAAAAAGAGCUUGAAGUGUUAAAAACAAUACACCCAGUUUGUGAAUUGUUCGAUACACCUGAUUACACUGUCAAUUUAUCAUCUUUGGGGCUGAAAACAGAAGAGAAAAGAUGUAUAUUGAUGCAAUAUGAAAAGGUUAGAAACAGGAAAUUGAAGGAUGAAGACCGUGAUGAAAUACUCAAAAUUGACACCUUUUUUGGAUUCCCAUAUACAUGUUCCCUCUUCUUUGGUCGAGGUGAUUUUUUCAAUCAAGGUCCUUCCUUUUUCAGUCGUACAAAUAGUGCAUUACUACGUAGAAUUAAGAAACUGCAUGAUAUAGAUGCUUCCAGGAAAACAAAGAUUUCCUAUUGUGUUCUUUGUUUUAUAUUUGAGAAUGGUUCACUCAAUGUAUCUCAGUUUGAUGAACAGCUUCUAGCUGAGAUUGCAGGAAUUAUUAGAGUGGCAGAUAUACGACCUAGUGAUGUAUCUAAUGUUGUGUCCGAUUUGAAUGGAGACUAUUUAAUGGAAACAUCAGAUACAGAUGUUUACAAUUUCAUCCAUGAAACUGUCCGUGAAGCUGUUUGUAUUUCCUAUGGUGAACUAGCUCUUCAGCGUGUUAUUGAAAAGUGUCCAAGGAAAACAUUAAAUGCUGUUGCAAGAAUUGCAAACUACCAGGAAAAACCAGAGGAAGUUGUUUUAAAGAUCCCGAAACAGAAUUAUGAUGUGUUUGCAAAACGCAUGCUAUUGGAUAAUUUAGAGGAGGAAAAAAUUGUGGAAAACAUUAUUAUAAAUCAUUGUUCCUCGGACUGUGAUUUUGUAAAGGUCUUGCUGACAUGUGCAGUUCCUCCAUCAUGUGAUAUGCCAAAAAUUCUAAGCAUGUUGUGGGAUCGUUUAAUCACAGAUAGACAUACUGCUUUGUUAGAGAACAUGCUGGAAAUCUAUGGUCCACACAUUGCAGCAUUUUCUCAGGAAUCUGGUUACAGAACAAAAUUUAAUAUCAAUCGCAAUGAU